CAUUACUUGCAGGAAAAGGAAGAGGAAGAAAUCCACCCAAAAGAGAGCCAUGUGGAUCCUCUGAUCCCUUCGCUUUCAGGGUGAAUUUUUUUUAUUUUAUUUUAUUUAAUUAAGCUUAUAUACCGCCCGACUAGCAACAGCUCUCUGGGCGGUGAACAUUCGGCUUGUAGGCCACUGGGGAAAGCCAUCAGCUCCUGAAUGACUCUCGGGGACGUGAUGCAAUGAGGUGUCACUGAAGGAGCUUUUCCACCCCUCUGCCCCCGUCGCUGCUUACCUGUUGCGUUGAUGCAACCGCAGGCCCACGGCGAGCUGGCGAGCUCUCAUUCCCAAAAGUUUUGCAGAACAAGGACAGAGGGCCUGAGCUAAGCUGGGAACCUUGCCUGCGAGUGGGAAUGGCUGCAGAUCAAGAGAUAAGAUUCCCAGAUCUGGGCCUCCGGCUGCAGACUGUGCUUGAGGAAAGUGGGGACCCAGAAAUGAAGAUGGAGCAAGAUGAGCUGCCGGGCCUCAAACCAGCAACGGGGCCGAGUGAAACAGGAGACGACUUGCCCAGUGCUCAGAUGGGGACUGUCGGGCAGCUCAUGAGUUGGGACGAGCAGCAGCGCAUUAAACAAGAACCAGAAGAGGGUCCAUCGUCGCUCCGAUGGGAAGCCCAAUGGCAGGAGUUCCUGAACGCGGUGCAGACCCCUCACUCUGGCGAGGGCAACCCACAGCUGCCAGAGACAGCGCCGUGGGGCGAGACGAAAUGUGCCCUGCCCCACUUUGAAGGAACAGCAGCCAUUAGCCAGGGGACUCAAGAGCAGAGCAAGGCUAUUUGCACACCUGCUCUUAACAGAACAGAACAGCAAGCCGAUAGCAGGCCAGAUGCCGCUGGCAGGGGAGACGUCAAGCAAACGAAGGAGAUCAAGAUGGAGGGUGCUAUUGGUUCAGAGGCCCAGCGCCGGCUCUUCAGGCAGCUCUGCUACCAGGACGCCCAGGGCCCCCGAGAAGUCUAUGGCCGACUCCGGGAGCUUUGUGUGCAGUGGCUGAAGCCAGAGAGGCACACAAAGGAGCAGAUCCUGGACCUGGUGAUUCUGGAGCAAUUCCUGGCUGUCCUGCCCUUGGAAAUGGGGAGCUGGGUGAAGGAGCGAGACUCCGAUAGCUGUUUCCAUGCUGUGGCCGUUGCAGAGGAUUUCCUUCUGAGGCACCAGGAGGCCGAGAAACGGGAAGGCCAGGUGCUGGGGGCCUUGCAGGAGGUUGCUGUGACCGUUGCGGGAAAUGUAGGGGCAUCGCUGCUGGAAACCCCUCAGAGGCAGCUCAGCGGGGAGUUUAAGCGAGAAGAUGAGGGGAUUGCCAGUGCACUGGCAGGUGAAGGGGAGCAGUGUGGGAAUGAGGGUGAACUGCUCUGGAUGCCAUCAGGCAGAGCCAUAGGUCAGGAGCAGGAAGCAAAAAAUGGAACGCGAGAGAGGCCAGAGAAGCUUCAAAGCCAUGAAAUGGAGAAGUGGAGGAAUAAAUUCAUCCCUUGCCAGGAUGGUGAGGUCUGCGAAAUAUCAGCCCAAGGGAUACUCAAAAGGAGGAAAAGGAGCAAAGUUACAGUGAGCAAGAAGCUUUUCUGGGAUGAAUCCAACCUUAAUAGAAUUCACGCUGGAGAGAAACCGCAUGAAUGUUCAGUCUGUGGGAAGAUAUUCCGCCGACGCUCAGACCUUAAUAGCCAUCAGAGAACCCAUACAGGAGAGAAACCCUAUGUGUGCUUGAACUGUGGGAAGAGAUUCAAUCGGAGCACAAACCUUAUUUCACAUAAAAGAAUCCACACAGGAGAGAAGCCCUAUAAAUGCGCAGACUGUGGCAAAAACUUUUGUCACAAAUCUGGCCUGAUAAGGCAUCGGAGAACCCACACAGGAGAAAAACCGUAUGCUUGUUUGGAAUGUGGGAAGAGCUUCAGCCAGAGGCAGCAUCUUAUCACGCACCAGCGGAACCACACUGGAGAGAAACCAUUUACCUGCUCUGAGUGCGGGAAAAGCUUCAGCCAGAGCCAGCAUCUGAUCACCCACCAGAGAAACCACACUGGAGAAAAGCCUUUUGAAUGCUCACAGUGCAACAAAUGUUUUUGCGACAAAUCCACCCUUUUUAGACAUCAAAGGAGUCACAUUGGGAAGAAACCCUUUAAAUGUUCCAAGUGUGACGAAAGCUUCUACCGGAGCAAACAUCUUAUCAGACAUCAGAGAAUCCACAUCCAACCCUCAAUGGUCUAAUUUCUGUGUAUAUAAACUGUGCUUCUUCAUUUGCUUUGCAGUGUCCACAAAUUGUCUGUUGAGGGUGACGGAUGGGUUGGAGAGAUCUUCUGCCACAAUAGCCCAAACGUAUGAUUUCCAACUGUCACUCAGCACAAUACAUAACGAGCUUGAUUAACAUAAGAAGAGAUCUGCUGGAUCAAUUCAAAGGCUCACCUAGUCCAGCAUUCUGUUCUCACAGUGGCCAGUCAGAUGCCCCAACAGGAAUCUUGUAAUCAGAAUAUGAAUGGAGGACAGUGGUGUGCUGUCCACUUGUUCUUCCCAGCAACUGAUCUACGACUAGCCAGGUUCUACUACUGCGUGCCCUGCCUCCACGGUCGGAGGCAGCAUGCUUCUGAAUACCAGUCGCUGGAAACCGCAGGAGGGGAGAGUGUGCUGCACUCAGGUCCUGCUUGUGGGCUUCCCAUGGGGAUCUGGUUGGCCACUAUGAGAACAGGAUGUUGGGCUAGAUGGGCCACUUGUCUGACAGCAGCCAGACCUUUCUUAUUUUGGCUAAAUAGAACCUCCAUGUUUAGUAGCAGCAUAUCUUGGAAUGCCAGUUACUGGAAAACCACUCGGUCCUGCUUGUGGGCUUCCCAUUGGGGCAUCUGGUUGGCCACUGUGAGAACAGGAUGCUGGACUAGAUGGGCCACUGGCCUUUUCCAGCAGGCUCCUCUGAUGCUCUUAUGAUAUUCAGAGGCAUCCCACUACUGGAAGUAAUAUAGCUAUCCUGACUAGUAGCCAUUGGUAGUCUUAUCCUCUGUGUAUUUCUCUACUCCCCCUUCGAAAGCUGUUGAAGGUGGUGACCAUGCCUACAUCUUGUGGAAGUGGAUUCCAUGACGGUGCGUCGAGUGAAGCAGUAUUCCCUUUUUGUCUGUCCUGAGUCUUCCAGCUUCAUUGGAUGGCCCCUGUUGGGUUCUCAUGUUAUGAAAGAGGAAGAAAAAUCUCUAUUCACUUUCUCCACACUGUGCAUAAUUUUAUACACUUCUAUCUUGUCACCCAUUGCUUGCCUUUCCCCCGCUCUAAACUAAAGAGAGCCCCAACAGCCAGAGAAGAGAGAUCUGGAAGGGCUGGAUUUGGCCCCGAGUCUCCAUAUGCUUCAUCCCAUGCCUUAUGUUUUUUGGACACUCGGAUCUGAGGGGGUAGUUUAUGCACCCGGCAAAGCGGGGAGGGAGGGUAUUCCUCAUUUGUGCUCUUUAAAUUCUCCUGGGUGGAGGAGAGAAUAUGCAAACAGGGACAUACAAGCCCAUCGCUUGUGCCACACAUAACAGUGAAUAGGAACGCAAGAGGCGCCUUACACUGAGUCAGGCCAUCGGUCCGUGUGGCUCAGUAUUGACUGUGCACUGACUGGCAGCCCUGUCUGGGGUUUCGUACAGAAUUCUCUCCCGGCCCUACCUGGAGAGGCCACUGGGGAUUGGACCUGGGACCUUCUGGCAUGCAAAGGAGGUGCUCUGCCCACUGAGCUACAGCCCCUUCCUAACGUGUGGGCCAGCGGGGUGCGUGUCCACUGAAUCCACACAUGUAGAGGGUUAUUGCCCUGGGCUGCAAUCCAGUUGUACAUCCCUUACUUGGGAAUACGUUUGCUGCCCUGGGCUCUUCCUGGCAGGAAAUAAAUUUAAUAAAUAACUAAAAUAAUGAUAAAUCAAUAAGUUCUGUUGAACUUAGUGGGACUGAUUUCUGUGCAGACACGUAUAAGAUGUGCUGUUAGUGAAUGUGUGAACCAGCUUACAUUCUGACCUUCUGUCUCUAUGGGAAGCUGCCUUAUACAAGGUCAGAUUAUUCGGCCAUCUCAAGUAUUGUCUGCAGAGAGCGACUCUCCGGGAUCUCAUGUGGAAGAAGUGCUUUCCCAUCACCUGCUUACCUCAUCUUUUUUUUUUUUAACGGAGAUUCCGGGGAUUGACCCUCAGACCUUCUGCAUGCAAGGCUUGCACUCUACCACUGAGCUACGAUUCCUGGAAUACUUGACUAUCCGCCAGUAUCCGCCUUACCUCUGUUGCUGUUGUUUUAAUCCCCUUUUGGAAAAUGUGUAAAGGUGGCUCUCAUUUGUCUUUGCAUUUCCCUUUUGAAUGUUGAUGUUUCUUGCUCAGAGCUCUCCUCUGGUGUGAUUUCUGAUUCCCUACCUCUCCUUGAUGUAAUUGUCUUUUUUAUAA